AUGAGUGAUAUUAUCAGAAGUUCUUAGUACAGAGCAAUACAGAAUGUUACAACUAAUCAACAAGCCAAUAAUCCAGUCCUCCAGGGACAAGUGGUAAAGCAAGUAAUCUUGGAAACACGCAAAGAUGAAUAGACUGAAUAAUACGAAUUGAGAAUCGAAAAACUCACUCAAGAGGUUGAGCAGUGGAAAAGACAAUGCUUUUUAAGUGAGUAGUAACUAAAUAAAUUUACAACUCAAUUACAAGAAAUGGCCAGUCUUGAAGCUAGAUUGGCUGCUUUGUAAUAGGAAUAUAAGAGUGUGGAAAUCAAAUAUCGAGAAAAGUGUAAUGAAUUCGAGAAGUUGAGGAUUGAGUAUAGUAAACUUGAUUCAGCCCUUAUCUCUUAUUCAUUAACUCACAUUGAAACCAAGAAGUUCGAGGAGGCCAUACAGAGUAAAUAGAAUAUCAUUUCCGACUUGCAAAGACAACUCCAAGAUGCCAAUGAGAGAUUAUUACAAAUCCCUAAAUUGGAAGAUUUGUUGAGAAACGAACAUCGCAAAAACGAAUAACUAGUCUAAGAGAUUGAUUAAUGGAAAUAAAAGUACUCAGCCACACAAUAGGACAAAGAUAAUUACAUUAAAUAAUUAAAAUACGAAAGUGAAGAUAUUAAUUAGAAAAACAAAGAAUUCUUAGAGGCUGAAAUUUAGAAAGGGAAUAAUGAUCUCUUGAACAAGGUGAAAUUACUUUAAGCCCAAAUCGAACAACUUAAGACAGAGGCCAAAUAAUUCUAAAAUCUCUUGUAAUUGGAGUAGUCUGAAAAUAACAAAUUAAAAUCUGAGGUGGAUUUAUUAAAUGCUCGUAUUGUGGAACAAAAUGAACAAUUAGACAUUGAGAUUGGAUUGGUCAAGGAGAGAGACUUCAAAUUAAAUGAUGCUGAAGCCAAGAUCAAAUAAUUAGAGGAUGAUUUGUUGGAAAUCAGAAGAUUGGAUCAAAUUAUUCAGGAUUUGGAAACUAAAAAUCAGAAUCUAGUGAAUGAGAUAGACACAUUACGUAAUGAGGCUAAUCAAUACAAAUUGGUUAUUUAGUAAUUGGAACAUGAUCUUGGUAAGUUAAUGGAAUUGGAAAAUAAAGUGGCUAUGUUGUCUUCCGAAAUUGAAAGAUUGAAAUAGAUGAUAGCUUCUAAGAAUGAGUAAAUAGAUAGAUUGAAACAACAAAUUGAUCAAUUAAAUAAAGCAAUAGAUGAGUAUAAGACUAUUGAAGCAGAGAAGUAGGUGCUUGAAAAUAAAUGUGCUAUGUUGGCUACAGAAAUUGAAAGAAAGAAGUUUUAGAUUGAAUAGAGAGAUGCUAAAAUUAAUGAUCUAAAUAAACAAAUCAACGAGCAACAAUAAUUCAUUGAUGAGUUGAAGGAAAGACCUGAUCUCUCCAUCCCUUUGGCUGAGGCUGAGAACUUGAUUAAGUUAUGGCAAGAGAAAUAUUAAAAUUUAGAGUAAAUUCAAAACAAAUACACAAUUAUUGAAUAAGAAAACUAUUAAUUGAAGAAUUAAUUGUAAGCCUUGUUGUAAGAAUUAGAUCAACUCAAAAAAGAUUUAGAAUAGAGAUCAAAUCAAUUGAAUGAUGCUGAGUCAACCAUUCAUUUAAUGGAAUAAGAUCUUAACAAACUCAGUUCACUUCAAGAACAGGUCAAGGCUUGGGAAUCUAAAUAUCAAUUACAAACAGAGUAAUUUACCACAAUAAGAGAGUAAUUGAUUCAAAGUUAGGAAACCAUAAAGAAGAGCGAUAGGGAUGAGAUUUUAAAUGAGUUAAGAGAGUUACAGGGAAGAUACCAAUCUUUGGAAACCUAGAAUCAAGACCUCAUUGAUUAACUAGAAUAAUUGAGAUAGUUGUAUAUUAAGUGUCAAGCAGAAUUGGAGGAGGCCAUCAAAUUAGAAUCAAAGGUGUAUGAUUUGGAAAACAAGGUGGCCAUGCUUUCAAGUGAAGUAGAAAGAUUGAAAUACAGAACCAAUUAAAAGGAUGAGGAAUUAAAGAAAUUGUAAGCUUAGACUAAGGAUUUCGAUAGUUUGAAGAAUGAUUUCUAAUAGUAGAGUGGAGAUUUAUAGAAUACAUCACAAUCAUUGGAGGAAGUGACUUAGCAAUUGGAAUCAUAAUUGGAUAAGUUUAAGUUAUAGACGAAAGAAUUGAAUGAGGCUUAAUAAAUGAGGGAUCAAUUGGAAAAUAAGAUUGCUAUGUUGUCUACUGAAAUUGAAAGAUAUAAAUACAAGUUAAAUAGCAAAUAGAAUGAGACUGAUGAAUUAAAGAAGUAAAUCCUAGAUCUACAAUAACAGAUAAGUCAUCUAAGUUAAGUGGAGAAUGACAAUAUCAAAUUAAAUUAAGAGUGUGAAAAAUUAGAUCAAAAGUAUAAUGAUUAAGUUGAAGUAUUGCAACAAACCAAAAAUGAGAGAAAUGAAUUACAAUAAAUCAAAAGCCAAUUAGAAUAAGAUUUACACUUAUUGUAAUCAGAGUUGCAAACCUCUUAACAAAAUUAAGAAAUCAAAAACAAAUAAAUAAAACAAUUAGAGAAUGUGAUUUAAGAGAAGGAAUAAAAUAUUUCAUAGCUUAAGAAUUAAGAGUAAAAGAUGUUUGAAUAUGAAACUAAAUUAGCAUUUCUAAGUCAGGAGAUUGAAAGAUAAACCAAUCAAUAUAAGGUGAAAUUGGGUGAAUUGGCAGAGUUGUAAUCCCAAUUGAUUAAUAUAAAUGAAUUAUAAAUAGUCAUCUAGACCCUUGAAAAUGAAAAAGCAAAACUCUCAGGAAUAAUCUAACAAAAGGAACAUGAGACUCAAUCAUGGAAGAAUAAGGUAGAUGAGUAGUAAAAGGCAAUGGAGAAAUUUGAAGAGAUGAAGUAUCAAAUGGAGAAUAAAAUUGCUAUGUUAUCAAGUGAAGUUGAGAGAUUGAAUUACAAAUAUAAGGUAUUAUUGGAUGAUAAGUCCAAAUGGAAUAAGAGAAUGAAGUUGCUUUUUGAUGAAUUAACAAAAGUUAGUAUGUAGAAUGAGAUUUCAUCGAAUGAAGCAUUCAAUUGGAAACAUAAGAUAUUGGAGUUGGCUGAAUUGCAAUCAAAAUUGACACAACAAGAUGGUUCUAUUUAACAAUGUUUGUAGGAGACCGAACACAUGAGAUAGCAAUUACAAGAAUAAGAUUUCUUGGAUGCUAGACAAAAAGUAAGAUCAUUAUGA